GUUGCCAAAGGAAGUUGAGGGAAUUGCUUUGCUGUUUUAACUUGGUCUGUGUGAGGAAUCUCCUAAACUGACCGAUGUGCCAAAUGAAUGCUAAAAUGCACUUUAGAUUUGUUUUUGCACUCCUGAUGGUAUCUUUCAGCUAUGAUGUACUGGGCAAGAAUUUGAAAUACAGGAUUUAUGAGGAGCAGAGGGUUGGAUCCGUAAUUGCAAGACUAUCAGAGGAUGUGGCUGAUGUUUUAGUUAAGCUACCUAAUCCUUCCACUGUUCGCUUUCGAGCCAUGCAAAGGGGAAAUUCUCCUCUCCUUGUAGUAAAUGAGGAUAAUGGAGAAAUCAGCAUAGGGGCUAAAAUCGACCGUGAACAACUAUGCCAGAAAAACUUGAACUGUUCCAUAGAGUUUGAUGUGAUCACUCUACCCACUGAGCAUCUGCAGCUUUUCCAUAUUGAAGUCGAAGUGCUGGAUAUUAAUGACAAUUCUCCCCAGUUUUCAAGAUCUGUCAUACCUAUUGAAAUAUCUGAGAGUGCAGCAGUUGGGACUCGCAUCCCCCUGGACAGUGCAUUUGAUCCAGAUGUUGGGGAAAAUUCCCUCCACACGUACUCUCUCUCUGCCAAUGAUUUUUUUAAUAUUGAGGUUCGGACCAGGACCGAUGGAGCCAAGUAUGCAGAACUCAUAGUGGUCAGAGAGCUGGAUCGGGAGCUGAAGUCAAGCUAUGAGCUUCAGCUCACUGCCUCAGACAUGGGGGUGCCUCAGAGGUCUGGCUCAUCCCUACUGAAAAUAAGCAUUUCCGACUCCAAUGACAACAGCCCUGCUUUUGAGCAGCAGUCUUAUAUAAUACAACUCUUAGAAAACUCCCCUGUUGGCACUUUGCUCCUUGAUCUGAAUGCCACUGAUCCAGAUGAGGGCGCUAAUGGGAAAAUUGUAUAUUCCUUCAGCAGUCAUGUGUCUCCCAAAAUUAUAGAGACUUUUAAAAUCGAUUCAGAAAGAGGACAUUUGACUCUUUUCAAGCAAGUGGAUUAUGAAAUCACCAAAUCCUAUGAGAUUGAUGUUCAGGCUCAAGAUUUGGGUCCAAAUUCAAUCCCAGCUCAUUGCAAAAUUAUAAUUAAGGUUGUGGAUGUUAAUGACAAUAAGCCUGAAAUUAACAUAAACCUCAUGUCCCCCGGAAAAGAAGAAAUAUCUUAUAUCUUUGAAGGGGAUCCUAUUGACACAUUUGUUGCUUUGGUCAGGGUUCAGGACAAGGAUUCUGGGCUGAAUGGAGAAAUAGUUUGUAAGCUUCAUGGACAUGGUCACUUUAAACUUCAGAAGACUUACGAAAACAAUUAUUUAAUCUUGACGAAUGCCACACUGGAUAGAGAAAAGAGAUCUGAAUACAGUUUGACCGUAAUCGCUGAGGACAAGGGGACACCCAGUCUUUCUACAGUAAAACAUUUUACUGUUCAGAUCAAUGAUAUAAAUGACAAUCCACCCCACUUCCAGAGAAGUCGAUAUGAAUUCGCAAUCUCAGAGAAUAACUCACCAGGGGCGUAUAUCACCACUGUUACAGCCACAGAUCCCGAUCUUGGAGAAAACGGCCAGGUUACAUAUACCAUUUUGGAGAGUUUUAUCCUGGGAAGUUCCAUAACUACAUAUGUAACCAUUGACCCAUCUAAUGGAGCCAUCUAUGCCCUCAGAAUCUUUGAUCAUGAGGAAGUGAGUCAGAUCACUUUUGUGGUUGAAGCGAGAGAUGGAGGAAGCCCAAAGCAACUAGCAAGCAAUACCACAGUUGUGCUCACCGUCAUUGAUGAAAAUGACAACAUCCCUGUGGUUAUAGGGCCUGCACUGCGCAAUAAUACUGCAGAAAUCUCCAUACCCAAAGGGGCCGAAAGUGGCUUUCAUGUCACGAGAAUAAGGGCAAUUGACAGAGACUCUGGUGUGAAUGCUGAACUCAGUUGCUCCAUCGUAGCAGGUAAUGAGGAGAAUAUCUUUUUAAUUGAUCCACGAUCAUGUGACAUCCAUACCAACGUGAGCAUGGAAUCUGUUUCCUACACAGAAUGGGAGCUCUCAGUCAUCAUCCAGGACAAAGGCAAUCCUCAGCUGCAUACCAAAGUCCUUCUGAAGUGUAUGAUCUUUGAAUAUGCAGAGUCAGUCACGAGUACAGCAAUGACCUCAGUAAGCCAGGCAUCUUUGGAUGUCUCCAUGAUUAUAAUUAUUUCCUUGGGAGCAAUUUGUGCAGUGUUGUUGGUUAUUAUGGUGCUGUUUGCAACUAGGUGUAACCGAGAAAAGAAAGACACUAGAUCCUACAACUGCAGGGUAGCAGAGUCCACGUACCAGCACCACCCCAAAAGGCCAUCCAGGCAGAUUCACAAAGGGGACAUUACAUUGGUGCCGACCAUGAAUGGCACUCUGCCCAUCAGAUCUCAUCACAGAUCAUCUCCGUCUUCGUCUCCCACCUUGGAGAGAGGGCAGAUGGGCAGCCGGCAGAGUCACCACAGUCACCAGUCCCUCAACAGUUUGGUGACGAUCUCAUCCAACCACGUGCCAGAGAGUUUCUCAUUAGAACUCACCCAUGCCACUCCUGCUGUUGAGCAGGUCUCCCAGCUUCUUUCAAUGCUUCACCAGGGGCAGUAUCAGCCAAGGCCAAGUUUUCGAGGAAACAAAUAUUCCAGGAGCUAUAGAUAUGCCCUCCAAGACAUGGACAAAUUUAGCUUGAAAGACAGUGGCCGUGGUGACAGUGAAGCAGGAGACAGUGAUUAUGAUUUGGGGCGAGAUUCACCAAUAGAUAGGCUGCUGGGUGAAGGAUUCAGUGACCUGUUUCUUACAGAUGGAAGAAUUCCAGCAGCUAUGAGGCUUUGCACGGAGGAGUGCAGGGUCCUGGGACACUCUGACCAGUGCUGGAUGCCACCGCUGCCCUCGCCAUCCUCUGACUAUCGGAGUAACAUGUUCAUUCCGGGGGAGGAAUUCCCAGCGCAACCCCAGCAGCAGCAUCCGCAUCAGAGUCCUGAGGAGGACACCCAGCCUGCAGAUUCAGGUGAGAAGAAGAAGAGUUUUUCCACCUUUGGGAAGGACUCCCCAAACGAGGAGGACUCCGGGGAUACCAGCACAUCCUCUCUGCUCUCGGAAAUGAGCAGCGUCUUCCAGCGCCUCUUGCCCCCUUCCCUGGACACCUAUGCUGAAUGCAGCGAGGUGGAUCGGUCCAACUCCCUGGAACGCCGCAAGGGACCUUUGCCAGCCAAGACGGUGGGUUACCCGCAAGGUGUGGCUGCCUGGGCAGCCAGUACACAUUUUCAGAAUCCCACCAACAACUCUGGUCCCCCACUUGGAACUCACUCCAGCGUGCAGCCUUCUUCGAAAUGGCUGCCAGCCAUGGAGGAGAUCCCCGAAAAUUAUGAAGAAGAUGAUUUUGACAAUGUGCUCAACCACCUCAACGACGGGAAACAUGAACUCAUGGAUGCCAGUGAGCUAGUGGCUGAGAUUAACAAACUGCUUCAAGAUGUCCGCCAGAGCUAGGAGAUUGUAGCGAAGCAUUUUUGUUUCCAUAUAUAUGGAAAUAGGGAACAGAGAAAACCCUGAAAGAACUGGCAUUGCCAAAUAGUUGCAUUUAUCAUAAAUGUGUCUGUGUAUAUUGAAUAUUAAAUACUGUAUUUUCGUAUGUACACAAUGCAAGUGUGAUUAUUUUAAUCUGUAUUUUAAAAAUACAUUUGUACCUUAUAUUUAUGUGUAAUUUAACAGACAAAUUUUAUUUUUUUACUCCCAUGACAAACAUGUCUUUCCUAAUCAUGUAGAAACUAGUCAGUGUUCAAAUAGGAUAUAGUAGUCAACCACAAAGUAUAAAGGCACUGUGUAGAUUAGUUAUGUUGGGGAAGAAAUUGCUAUGCUGUAGGAACAACCCCACUAAAGUAUUAUAUGAUUCUUAGUUUUGUUAAGUGAUCCAGUUUCUUUUUUCAAUGCUUAAAAAAUAAAAUUAAGCAUCAAUAAAAAUAUUAAACUAUUUUAUUAUCAUUAUUUUUACUGCUCUCUGCUAGUUCUGAUAGUUCAAUUACAGCAAAAUUGAAACAUGAGGUGAAAUUUCAUUUUAGGACUGGGAAGUACCUUUCACAGACAAUGAUGAAACUAGGGCUAGAGUCAAUGCUUCCUAACCCCCAGGGCCCUACUAUUCUGGGGCAUCACACUG